GAGAAGAUCGCCAUAACGUGUGAAUACUUCCGCAACGUGUUCCCUAUCUCUUUCGUGCUGGGCUUCUACGUGACAAUCGUGGUGCAGCGGUGGUGGGAGCAGUACAUGCUGAUCCCCCUGGCCCGACACCGUGUGCAUCAUGGCCUCCACUUACAUAGAGGGCCAGGACGAAAGAGGCAGAAUGUUGCGGCGCUCCUUCGCUCGUUACAUCAACCUUGCCUUUGCUCUCGCCUUCUCCAGGAUAUCCCCACGGGUAGCGAGGCGCCUCUCCUCCUAUCAGAAGUAUAUAGACGCAGGUUACAUGACGCAGGACGAGAGAGUAAUCUUUGAAAUGAUGGACGCCUGCUCGCAACACCACAAGAUCUGGAUGCCUUUAGUCUGGGCCUCCCUAAUCGUGCGGCAGGCGAGGCGGGAGGGUCGCUGCCCAGACGACCACGGGCAGAAGGCGGUGGUCACAGAGAUAACUAACUUGAGGUACAACUGCGGCAAGCUUCAAGAGUACCAUACCAUGAGUGUUCCUCUCGUCUACACGCAGGUGGUAACACUCGCUACCUACUCCUACUUCGCCUUCUCCAUACUCGGCCGCCAGUUCUUGGAUCCCGCGCAGGGCUACGAAAACCACUCCAUUGAUUUCUACGUGCCAAUCUUCACGCUCUUCCAGUUUGUUUUCUAUGUGGGGUGGCUCAAAGUGGCAGAGUCUCUUCUUAAUCCUUUUGGUGAUGAUGAUGAUGAUUUUGAGACUACUGAGUUUCUGGAGCGUCACUUGGAGGUGUCCUACAUGAUCGUGGACAACAUGCACAAGCUGUAUCCUGACGUGCUGCACCCGCCAGGCACCAGGGACCUCGCAGUGCCCCUCAACAACGUGAUGGCCCGGUCCCGCCCCGUAGACUCCCCGCCCAGUAAAACAGCAUCAUUCAGCGGACAGUCGGAGGGUGAAAAGUCACCUGUGGUUAAGAGUCUGUCCCAGUGUUGCAUCCAGUGGCGGCGACGGGUGAGCCGGAGCAGACGAGCCUCCCCCAUCCGCCACAACGGUGAUGCCUACCUCGAUACCUACGGUGCCGUCAAAACCCCUCCAGUACUGCACGGAAUUAGUGGACGGCCUGGUUCCCCGAAGUGUUCAGCCACCGAGCAGCCCUUCUUCGUCCCUUCCAAGGACAUCCAAGUCACCGUCCACACCCCCUUAUAAACAUGUGAGCAUCGUUCUGCAAGGCGGCACGGUGACUGGGAAAGAGGCAACACCCACUGCCAAGCUUGUCUCCUUCACACCCUCACCCAUUCACCGCCCUGCCUCCUCCACCACCACCACUGCCCUGCCUCCCACUACCACCACCACGGACACCUCCCCAGCAGAGACCCAGCACAAGCAACAGAGUAGCACCACGCAUGAAAGUACCGCAAAGUCUAAGGUUCCUCAGUACAUCAAUCCAGGUUUUCUCAAAUGAAGUGUUGGAGGAGGAAAUGUGUGGAAGUGUUAAUUCUUGGAUUCCUGUGGUAGUGAAGUCUCCUUGUAGUUCUGUAGACGUAGCUUCCUGUGUUUUGAAUUGCUACUUGAGGAAAUGAAGGAAGAAAAGAAGGACGUGGGAUAUUUAGUUGUUGUGCUAUUUAUUUAUGAAAGACGAUGGGUGUAGUUCUGCGUUUAUAUAGUUUCUCUUCUUAACAUAUCGAGUGCUACCUAAGAAGAAACGAUGCAAAGAAUUAUGACUCACUCACAUACCCGUUCGCUGUGUUAUUUCGUGUCUGCGUCCUCACAAAUACGAGGGUGAACAUGAAAAACACUGUAUCUUUGCAAUUCAGUCUCUCCUCUUAGAACACUGAAUGCUACCUAAGGAGACGCGAUGCAAAGAAUUAUAAUGUACUGAUAAAUUCGUUUGCUGCUAUUUCACGUCUGCUCACUCAAAAAUGCGGGGUUAAAUAUCAAUUCCAGACGACUUACGUAGUUUUGGCGUUUUAGCUUUUACUCGUACAUGCUCCGGAAAAGAAACGAAAUAAAAACAGUUACUUACGUUCCUUAUUGCAUGCAUUCAUCUUUUUAUUGUUUUAAACCCAGUUUUCCUGGAUUAUAGUUUUGCAGUUACGCUUUCCCCUUGAAGACUAGAGGACAAAAUUUUGAACUAACAUAUUCUUUCGUCGUGUCAGUUCAUGUACACGCACUUUCCAAUCUAGCAUUAAAUGACCAACCAAUGACAGCAUUAGAGUGAAAUCAGGAGUUAAUCGAAGGAAGAAAGAGAAAGCUAGGGGGCAGGAAGAAUGAAUGAGUUUCCCAUUGACUCUACCCGUUCUCUUUGCUACUCGUCCAGUCUUCAGAUCGCUGUGUGUCACUGGUUUGGAGCUUCGGUUAAGAGUUCGGGUUUCUUGACUCUUAGGCCAGUAUUCAAAAACGCCUUGCUCUCUCACCACGACUAUUUUUCAAGGUUCACGAAUGUUUCUCCUGGUAAUAAGGUAGAAAUGUUAUUAAUAAGUCCUUAGAGUCAUAUAAACAUCCUUAAGAAUCCGUGUAACUUCACCUAGAACCUUUUGAAAGUAUUGAACGUGCGGCGCAGAAGUGUUUCAGAAUAUGAGCCUGUACUUGAACUAAUCUGUCCCACAAUGGAAUCAAAGAGGUUUUCUCAAUCAAAACAAGAUGGUGCGGAAGCUUUAAGUCUGAAUACGAGUAGUUUAGUUAGUAAGACAAGCAAGUGCCGGCAUCAGGGAUCACGCGGCACUGAAUACAAGUAGUUAAGUGUGUCUAUUUAAUUCAUUACUAAGCAUGAGUGUAGGGCGAAUAUUCUGAGCCGCUUUGUUUUCUCAUCAUGAUUUUCAAAGGCCAAAGAAAUGACAAGCUGAGUUUUCAUGGGGUGUCUUCCAGUCGAAAAAGUUGAAUUCUUAUUAAUCUAUCCCUGGAACUGUGAAACCAUCCUUGAAAACCCUUACAACUUUCACUACAGCCUGUGAGAGGUUUAGAGUCUUUGUCAAACUAUCCCUGGAAUCAUGAAAACAUCCUUGAAAACCCCCACAUCUUCCACCAGAGCCUGUUCAAAGUAACGAAGUCAAGGCACCAAAAGUGUUGCAGAAUACAGUCCUAGUUCAUAAGGUGGUGUUUGUUCAUGUUGUCACGGGUCCGGGGCAUGAGACGCAACAUUAACAGACGUAUGUAUAGACGGGGAGCGUGGCAAUUAAAUGUGAAUACGAGUACUUAUUUAAGAACGUAAGAAGAUAUAAGGAAGCUGCGAGAAGUCGUCAGGACUACACGUGGCAGUCCUUGUAUGUAUAAUAUUCAAAUAUCAAAGUAAUAUAUUGGAGAUGUAUGAGAGAGAGAGAGAGAGAGAGAGAGAGAGAGAGAGAGAGAGAGAGAGAGAGAUAACGAGCCAAUGUUUCAAAUAACAAUCUUUAGGCUGAUGUAUUAAUAUCAAGUUUUCCGUCAAUAUUAAAUAUUUUUCGUCGAAAAUGUUACGAUAAAUACCUAAUGUCAUUAUCCUUAAGGUGUGUACGUACAUAAUACUGUUACGGAGGUGGAAAUAAACUAUGA